AUGACAUUGAACGUGCUCCCAAUUCCAGUCGACGAAGCCACCCUGCAGGCUCGACAUAAGACUUUGGACGCAUUUGAAGCCCAACUCGCAGGAAGUAUCCAGUGGCAAGAAUGUGAAUCACCAGCUGCUUACCGCAAAAUGCGGCGAGAAGGCCUCAACGGUUUCAAAGCGCCUGCUCUCAACCCCAACGCAAGGACCGUGAAUGUGCAAGGACGAGAUGGAUAUCAAAUUGAACUGAGAAUCAUCGCACCCAAGGAGAAACAGAGCAGGGGAGUCUGGCUACAUUUUCAUGCUGGUGGCUUUGUGAUUGGUAGCAAUGCCUCGUACGAUACGUAUUUGACCACUUUGUCCGAUCGCUUGGGUCUGACAAUGGCCUCUGUUGAAUAUCGACUUGCACCCGAAGUCUCUUUCCCCAAGCCGCUCCACGAUUGCGUUGACGCAGCUCUCUACGCGCUCAGCCCAGCAGGCGAGAAGGAACUGGGCGCACCACUGAAAGUUCUCGGUGGCGAGUCUGCAGGUGGAUGGCUUGCAGUCUCGACAGGCCUCUCUCUCCGUCGAGACCAUGGGGUCGACGUGCGAUCAACUUUAGAUGCAAUUGUGGCUGGAUACGGAAUCUUCGACCUCACUUACACUCCAUCUCUUCUUGAGCACACUCGAAAUAUCGUGCUGAGCAAGGAGGGUAUGAUGGACUUUUGUGAAGCAGGGUUUGGUCAUAUACCUAUGGCGAACAGGAAGAAUCCGCUCAUCUCGCCUCUGUAUGCGGAUUUGAAGGAUAUGCCGGCUGCGCUGUUCUUGUCGGGAGAUAUUGAGCCGCUGCUUGAUGACAGUGUUUUCAUGGCGGCUAAGUGGCAACAAGCUGGCAAUUCUACUGAGCUGACUGUGGUUAAGGGGGCCUGCCAUGCUUUUACUAUUAUUCCGAUGGGUGAUGCGACCGAUCAAGGGCUGGAUAUUAUUGUCGAUUUUGUGCAGCGGAAAGCUAGUAAAUAA